AUGCUAUCCCCAUCCUCACCUGUUGUCGCGGCCGACAACACAACCCCUGGACAAUGGAAUUCGAGACCAGCCACCAGAACACGCACAAGCGCACAGAGAAAGGUGUACGGGAAACGAAGAGCGGAUGCGCCCAGAGCAGUGUUUGAGCAGCGAAGUCCAGCCAAGGAUUUGGAAAAGGAAGUGAAAAAAGCCGUUCGGGGUGCUGUGGAGGGCCUGAGAGAGAAGCUGGCUGAGGUUACGAUAGACGAGCCUGUGCCUCAAGAGACAAAACCCGAAGAGCUUCAAGAGAAGGAAGUGGAGGUCGAGAAAUAUGACGAUAAGGCCAUUCUACCUAAUGAGACUGAACAAGAAACACCAAUGCCGGAAGCGACACCCACCCCUGUAUCCGAACCGCAAGACGAACCAUCUCCAUCCGAACAGUUAUCACCAAACCGCAACAGUAAAGAAAGCACAAAGUAUGAGACAAUGGUCGAAGUGAGGAUUAGUCCGACGGUGUCAGUUGAGAGACCUCGAAGGCGCAAGCAAGCUACCGAAGGAACAACAGAGAGCGGGCGGCGAUCUGCAAGAAAGGACAAACCAGCACCGCGACUAUCAUCCGGCUGCGUCACAGACGAGAAGGCAAAUGCCUACGUUCGACCAAUUCUGAACGAAGCCUUAUCCCCGGUCGCCGCGCAGAGUGUACAAAAAUUUGGAUCAUGGGCCGCCCGGGCAGGCAACUUGUUGGAAGUGGUGAAGAUCGCAGAAGGUUCCUACGGAGAAGUCUAUAAGCUACGUCUGCGGGAAGAUCUGUGCAAAAAAGAAAUGUCCAAGUCCAAACUUGCGCGCUUAAAAGCCUACGGUGAUGGAGUGUUCAAGGUGGUACCUCUGCGCGCGCAGAGCGGCCCUGGUUCGAAGAAGUUCACUAGCAUCGAGGAAAUUGUCUCCGAAGUGAAGAUGCUCAAGUAUCUCGAUCCCAUCCCCGGGUUCGCUCGCUUUCGGGAGAUCCACGUCGUUCAGGGUCGCUUUCCAGAAAACUUCCAAACGGCGUGGGACUAUUACAAGAAGACCAAGGACGACUGUCUGAACCCAAACCCGUCCAGCAAGCGGGCCUACCCCGACUCACAACUAUGGGCUAUCAUUGAGAUGGACGAUGCUGGCUGCGAGCUGGAAAAGUUCUCCUGGUCAUCAAUUUUCCAGAUCUACGACAUCUUCUGGGGAGUCGCAAUGGCUCUUGCACGGGCGGAGGAAUACGCAUUGUUCGAGCACCGAGACCUCCACCUCGGUAACGUCUGCAUACGAAGCAUACGCCCCGAAGGCCGCAUGGAUCCACCGACCGACCACGAAAUCAUCAGCCAGUCAUUCACAAGUGGCUUCGGCCUCAGCACCCUCGAAACCACCAUCAUCGACUACUCCCUCUCCCGCGCUGCGUUACGCAUGAGCGAAGAAGCAGAGCACGUUGAAGUCGCCUCCUCAGAUCUAGACAAGAAACAAAUCUUCGACGCCAUCGGCCGCGACGAAGACGAGAUCAUGCUACGGAAUACCUACAGAUACAUGCGCGCCGAAGUCUACCACGGCGAACCCCUCAAGACCGAAAAAUCCCCCGACAUCCCAGGCAUCUGGGCCGAAUACGCCCCACGAACCAACCUCGUCUGGCUCGUAUUCCUGCUCAAGUCCCUACUCAAGAAUAGAAAGAGCGAGCCGGUACCCACGGCACCAACUACACCUGCUCGACAGCCUCUUGCGCCCUGCUCGCCUAAUAAAGGUCUGAAGAAGCAGGUAGUGAGGUCUCCGCUAGAGAAGAUAAAGCACCAGCAGCAGCUAGAGUACAGGCCGAGAGUAACGGCUGCGACGCAGGAAUAUAUCUCUCAGUUGAAGAAGACGCUGGAGGAUCGGUUACAGGCUGUUCUGGAGUUGUUGGAUUUGGAGAGUGGGCAUGAGGAUAUGUGUUGUGCGGCGGAUCUGGUGGCGUAUGCGAUUGAUACGCAGUGGUUGGAUGAGAAAGAUUUCUUUUAA